AUGUCUGUCCGCGAGCUGGUGACAGAGUAUCCAGAUAUUGGCUCAGAAUCUGAACUCAUCGAGAUGCUAUCCAAAGUGGACUCUCGGGCUGAGAUGACUCUGUUCCAUAAGAAUCGUCGGAGGAAGAAUGAUAGUCCAGCGAGAGCUUGCGAGUCUCGUGGCAGCGACCCCGACGGAGAUGACGCUGAUUGCCAUAGAAGGAGAUAUCAAUUGAUCAAAGGGAUGCUGAAACCCAUGAAGGAGCUCCAUCAGGACAACACUCAGCUCCAGAGUCAAGCUAAUAGUCUCAAGCAGAGAUGGAAGCUCGCUAACGCUGAGCUGGAGGAAGCGAUGGGUCUCACGUAUGGCCCUGGGUUUAGCAAGGAUAAUCCCAGCAAGAACUCAGGAUUGAUCAGCGAGUUUGGCCUUCUUGCUGGCUCCCUUCUCUCGUUGAAAGAUGCUGCGAUGGCCGCUGCUGACGAGGCUUGGGCGGAACUUGACAAGGUCCAUUAUGGCAUUGCUGUUGAUAUUGAUACUAUGAAGGAGGAAGCUGACAAACGGCUCGAUAUGUUAGUGAAAGGGAUCCAGUUCCAAAGCAGCAUGCAAGCUGAAGCACAGAUGCAGAAUAUGAUCAGUCUGAAUAAGCUCGGCAACCAGUACAUGCAGCAAGCGGUUGGUUCUAUCAACAAGGGCCAAAUUCCCGUCGAGAGAGGAGUGAGACAGACUGAGGUGGCUAGGGAUAGCAUGGAGAAGUCCACAGAGGGGUUCUUGGGAGAUGCAGAGAACCUUCUGGAUGACUUGUCAGAUCAAGUUGAAGAAGUGCCAGAGGUUGCACUCGAGGCUCAUGAGAAGGCACAAAGCAAAGCUGAAGAGGAAAUCGAUAAAGUCAGAAAUUCACUGGAAAUUGCUGCUGACCAUACUCUCAAUGAGUUCACGAAACGAACUGAUGGAGAAACUGAUAAACUGAUGGAAUCAGGAGAGAAGCAGAUUGAUAAUGCAUCGACCGAGGCGAAUGAGCGCGAAGAGGCUCGUCGGAAGGAGGGUGAGAUGAAGGUACAGCAACAGACUGAGGAUGUCGACUCCUUGGAAGAGGAGAUGCGAAAGAAGUACGACAGGGCUGAAAGCAAGGCUGAUGAGCGUGUGGAGCGGUAUAGAAAUGAGACUGAAGCUCCGGUAUCGCAUGAUAGUGACAUGUCUGGUGAUCUCAAGGAGGCAAUGAAGAAGGUUCAAGCUCUGUUGGGGAAGUUCGAGGACGGGAUGCAGACAGGCUCCUCUGAUUUGGAACAACAGAGAAAGGAGCGCUUGAUUCCACUGAAGAGGGCAGUUUCUGAGCUACGGGAAUCAUCGGGGUCUCAUCUUGGUGAUAUAUUUAUGACUAUGGACAGUUCAGUGGCGAACGCCGACCGCGCUAUGGACAGUUCAGCCCGUAUGGAGAUGCGCAGUGUCAUGAGUAAGGUUAUUGGCAUGCAGAGGCAGCUGGGCAUGCAACAGAGCAAGAUGGGCGGCUUGGUUAUGCAGUUGCAAGAUGCCCUCCGGUCUGGAGAGACUGGGCUCGUGGCGAAUUUGAAGAUGCAAAUCAAUGCCCUUGGGGCGCAAAUCACGCACAGUAGUGCUGCCUUGCAAGAGAGCAUGAACGGACUGGCGAUCAAGAUGCAACAAGAGGGAUCAGCAUUGAAGUCUCAGACGUAUGCAACUGAGAGGGAAGUCGGGGGUAAGGUGACUCAAAGUGUAAGGGAGACUGAGAACAGAAUGAAGGGCGCCAUUCGGGAUCUCGAACAUACGGAAGAUAAAGCACAGAUGACAAUGGCUGCGAACAGGAGAGCUCAUCUCAAUGCCGUCAAACAUGCAUUGCUCUCUGCCAAGGGUGUUGACGCUGCUGUGGCUGGGAUAGAAAGAGAGGAGCAUAGUAUUAAGUCCGAAUACAUGUCACAGGAGCGAGAUUCUAGGUCGACACUUGCUCACCUCGGUCGCUCUAUCUCCAAACAGGAGGCCGCGUUCGCGAGCGCGCUGUCUAGAGUGAUGUCGACCUCUCAUUCUAAUGGGAGGCGGGCAGUGGAGGAGGAGAGUAAUGCGGCUAGUAGAGGCUUUAGGCAAGUGGCUGGUGAGGCUUCACGAGACAUUCAAAAUGUCGAGUCGGAGAAUUUCCGUAGCGAAAGAGAGCUGAGUUCCAAGAUGAGCUCGAGCGCUCGGAAAGGGCAAGAACUUCAAGUUGAUCUUGCAGAUAUUGGAAAGGAUAUGGAGCAUGUGAUGGCGGAGAAGGCGCAGGACUUGGCUGAGGAAUCGAAUCAGUUCACACGAACUCUGGAUGAGCAAGCUCUCAGCAGCGAACAUGAGGUCGAUUCCUUGCGAGGGCACUUCUCUAAGAUUCAAGGAGGUCUUGAGAAGGAUAUCCGGGCAGAGUUGAAAUCUGGGCUUGAUUUGACCAGCGGCCGCACGAAGGAGGUGUUGGCUAAGGCGCAGAGUGAGCUCGAUCACGGCCAGAAGCAGUACCUGGCAGACAAGACACGAUCAAGUGUGAUGACCAAGAAGCUGGAAUCGGACGCUACACGAUUCGAUAAGCACACCAAGGGGUUUGAAGAUGAGCUAGAUGCCAUCCUGCAAGGAAUCGAGUUUACGAGGACAGAGUUCAACGAUGAGUCGGCCAAGUUGAAUACGAGAUUUGCGGAAGUAUCUGGCGGAGAGGCUAGCCGUUUGUCCAAGAAAACCGAAGUACUCGAGAGAAAGCUCGCGGACAUCCCACAGGUGUUCGACAAGGCAGCACAGCAGAUUGAGAAGGAGGCCCUUGACUCGACGAGGGACAUCGAUCUUAGAAUUACCAAGCUUAAUGAGAGGGCUAAUACGGCGGAGACAGAGGAGGAGAAAGAUGAGGCUGAGGAGGGUAUCAGAGUGAUGGAACAACUCAAGAUGCUCUCCAAGAAGGACCGUGCUGAUGAUACGAAGACCAAGAGCUCCUUGUUGAAGUAUGAUGGCGUGAACAACGAGAGAACUCAGGAAGUGCAGGAGAGCAUGAGAAGGGUUACGGGUAACCUUGAGACCAUUGGGGACGCUGUUGGUGCUAAGAAUAACGAUCUGGGUGAUGAAGUGAAGGAGUUUGGUGAGAGGGACACGGGUCUUCUCUCCGGAGCAGGAGGAGCAGUGGUCCAGGCUGGCUCGUUAGUUGCUAAGGAGUUGCAGGAGGGGAGGGCUGGCAACAAGUUCGAUAUUGAGACGGCUCAUAUGGGCAAUGAACGAAAGCUGGAGAAGACUGAGGCUGAGAGGGAUCACUCGGCGACAUUGGCAAAGCAUGAAGAAGCGAUAUUCAAAGGCUUGGAACAUUCUGCUAAGAACAAUAUAUCUGGGGUGUUCAAGGAGGCCCAAGAAACUAAGCUUAGGAUGACCAAGACUCUCUCCAAUGUGAUGGGAGAACUUGGGAAGAUUCAAAUGGAUUUCGAUGGUGCUGAGGCUGGCGAUAGCAGUGAUAUCGCCAUUCGCCUCGCUCAUACAAGGCAAGCGGUGAAGAGCAUUCUGCAGUUGUGGGAUGAAUAUUCUCAAGUGAUGAGCAGGCAUCUGAAGCGGUUCCAGAAAGACGACACUGAGUUCAUCGAACAACUUACUAUGAGGUUACAUCAAGCCAUGUUGAAGACGGAGGAUGUCCUCACCAAGUCAGUUGAUGAGGUCAAUAAGCUUCAUAGAAAACUCGAUAUGGGAUAUGUUCAGAGCAAGGAGUUCGAGAGCAACAUGUUGGCUACUGUGAAACGGAUGAGGGUUGAAGAGGCUAAGGUCUCGAAUCGUACAGAGGCUCUGGUUGAGAGAAUACGGGACAAGUUGGCUGAUAUGGAACAGAAACAGAAUGCACUCGAUGACGAGGCUUUAAGGAGUGCCAGAGCUACUGUCGCUGAUAUGGAGAAGGAUGUUGUAGAGAAGGCCGAUCAAGUGCUGGUCAGUGUAGGCCUUCCUGGGAACAUUUAG